CUUUUCCUCACUCCAACUUUUCUUGCCAGAUCCAGUUGUGAUAUUAAAUGUUCCAUUGGGUUUGGAUUGAAAAAAUGGGUGGAGCUUCAAGCAGAGGAGAGAACUCUUAUGGAUUAGCUAUAACCUGUAAAGUAAGACUUUCCAAUAAUUCAGUAGGAAAUGGAACCUAGAGGGUUUUUUUUUUUUCCUCACUGAUUAUAGGAAGGGAAAAGUACAUGCUUAUGGAUGAAUUUAAAAAGAGCUUUUUGAAACUGGAUGGCACACAGAGUGGUGCUGCUGUAAUCCUGCGCUGCGGUCAGCCCCUGGUUGCAAUGAGUGGCAAGAGGAAUAAAGAUGAGGAAAGAUACCUUGAUAUCAUCAGGGAGGCCAAUGGGCAGAUCUCCAAACUGACCAUCUAUGAUGCUAGGCCCAAUGUCAAUGCAGUUGCAAACAAGGCAGCUGGGGGAGGAUAUGAAGGUGAAGGUGCGCAUCCCAAUGCAGAACUUUUCUUCUGGGACCUUCACAAUAAUCAUGUCAUGUGGGAAUCUUUGAAGAAGCUGAAGGACAUUGUUUAUCCUAAUGUGGAAGAAUCACAUUGGUUGUCAAGUCUGGAAUCAACGCAUGGGUUAGAACAUAUCAAGCUGGUGCUGACGGGAGCCAUUCAGGUGCCAGACGAGGUGUCCUCGGGCCAGAGCUCGGCGCCGGUUCACUGCGGCGCCGGCUGGGACCGCACGGCGCAGCUCACCUCCCUGGCCGUGCUCGUGCUGGACGGCUACUACAGAACCGUUGAAGGCUUUGAAGUUCUGGUGCAAAAAGAGUGGAUAAGCUUUGGACACACGUUUUCAUCGGAUGGCAGCAGCUACAGAGUACCUGACCUUCUGAAGAUGGCGGCAAAAAGGGCGGGAAAAAUCGAGGACGCCAAAGUGUGCGAACACGGGCUGUGGGCUCAGACUUGCCUUGGGCACGUUCAGGGAGUCGAUUUUAGUGAGGCGGAUCUGAUAGGAGCCUAUGGGGGCCUUAGGGGUGCCAGAAAAAAAAAUGGCCCCCUCAGUGGAAAUGACUUCACCCUUAAUAAAGAUGGAGAUGGGUGUGUUGGGGCUGUCCCAGGGUUCCGGCACCGCCCCCUGCUGGCGGUCGGGCAGUCCUGCAGCUCCACCUGA